CUGUGUCCAGAAUUUCUACGUGAAGUUGACCUCCUGCCACCUUGUCGUUAGUAAAUAUUACUUGGUUAAAAAAUGCGAAAUUUUUCAAUCCCUAAAUUCUUCAUAAUUUUACCCUGGUUCGUAAUCCCAUGGAAAGUUCACGCCACAAAAGACCACAACCGUCAUAACGAUUCUUCCCUCGUGACUCAUUUAUCCCCCGAAUUACGCAAAACGUUCCCUGGAUGGUCCAAUAACGCUACCCGCCUCUGGCUAACCGAUAUAGUCAUUUCCAUGACAGAUUUUUUCCCUUAUCCUCCCGAGGUGUGGGAAACAUUCAUUUUGCGAGGUUUUCUACCGAAUUCAUUUACAAACUAUCAGGAACACCCACCCCGUUAUUCGAACAAUGAUUCGUCCCCUGGUCAAAAAUUAAGAAGGAAACGAUCUUCUGUUGCGACAGAAGACGGGAGAAUUAAAGUUAUGCAGAUCAUAAUUCCAAUCCCGUACACAAACCUUGACUCUCAAGUGGCCGAGAUGGACAAACCGAACCGAAGAAAUCUUCACAUUUCGUUUGGAUAUGAUCCCCAUGCUGGGCAGUACUGGAUGCACAGGGUCUCCAUUCAAGGAGUGGUGCCAGGAUAUGGAAUUUAUUUUGAGAUGACACCCAAAGGUGUCCGACCAGCGAAGGCGGACGUCGGCAACCAAUCCUAUUGCGCUGAAACGGCCUGGUUUCUUGACCGAAGUUAUGACAACCGCUUUGUAGAGGUCAUUUUUCAAUCUGUAACUGUUCAACUGUUUCCGUAUAAUGAUUUGGAGGAGAUGAGUAACUUAAAAUUUGACCCCACUGAUGUUUGCGCUGCACGUGCCGGAAGUGAAGAUGACGUGGAUGAGGCAAGAAGGUUAUCUUUGCCGUCAGUGCUACUCGUCGUAGGUGGGACGGUAGGGAUUCUGCUCGCGGGAGUCUUCUACCUCCUUGCUGUAUACAAGAAUCGAUGUAAUCAAGAAUCUAAAAACUUGUGUGCUACAAAAUUAUGCUGAUAACCGUGUUAACUAAAUUUAAAUAAAUAAAUGAUAAUUUGGCUAUUAAUAAUCC